CGCGAAUCAGUGCUAGUAAACGGAUUGUUGUAGCGUCGUGUGUGGUGCCUUAAGUAAUUAUACUUUUUUGGUGGGUACAAGCGUAAAUAGGACCAAACUUUAGUGUUUAGGUGAUUCAUGUAAUACAACAACUGGGAAACAGCUUGGAAAAACCAAAUGUGUUAAAAGAUCGAACAACCAGGUGCUGGAAUUUCGCAAGUUGUGACGUUAUUAAUUCAAGUGGAGAUCUUAAUUGUUGUAAGUGCUGUAUUUACAUCUAUUCUGAUGACCUUUUCUACUACAUGCGGGAUCUAGGGUAAAUCCAUGUUGAUUACAAUCAGCUUAUGUUCUGUAGAGAAACAGAGACUGCCUCAAAAAUGAGAGAAAAUUCAUUUAGGAUGUUAAAGAAAGGCCUUACUGGGCGAUAGGGAAUAAGCCAUGAGCAGUCAAGACGAGACGGCAAGCCUCCUUGUUGGUGGCCCUUCUCUGACGAAUGCUUCGUCCCCGUCGAAUUGCUCAAAGCCGGUCCUAAUGCGUCAGGAGUGCACCACCUUUCUGGUCUCUUCCCAUCAUCCGCAGCUAUCGGUUUUUUCCGAUAGCGAAGAGGACGGCUCCUUGUGCCUAGAAGAAAAUAGUACACGUUCUGUUCCUGAUAUCGAACUUCAUUGCAGGCUCGAUAUGAAAGGAUGUAAGCAGAAUUUCUCGAAUAUUCCGACAAGGAACAGGAGCUCGUCGAACGCGUUUCAAUUGACGCCGCACGCUUCAUGCCUCAGGGGUACAUUGGAACAACGAAGGACAUCACACACGCCAAUGUCUACCCUAAAAAUAGUAAGAUCCGUGUCACGCGAAAGUGUCCGGUCAGCACAUCACUGCACCUGCCCAUGUCUCAAUACACCGGCUUCGUGUAGUUCCUGUAUCGUGGCUCCUCCAACAGUUAUUACGCCAUUACAAGGUUCAAGAAUAAUACGUCAAAGUUCUCAACCAGAAGCUUCAUCGCCAUAUUGCGCUGCUCAUGUGGCUGGUCCUUCCACCUCGUUACGACAGCUAAGGGACCAUGGUGAAGGAGGCAUAGCUGGUAUAGCCGCGGACUCCCUCAGGAUAAACGGGGCAAUGCGAAACUUUCGCCAGGGGUCGGGUCUACUGAUGUCGUCACAGUCCAUGGCACAGACAAGGCGUUCAAGAUUAAAAAGGGCCCUAACCGAAGUUACCAGCGAUACUGUUACCUACGUUAAAACGCUGCGGAAACCGGUUUCAACAUUAUCGAUACCGGGGGCUGUGAAAAAUUCCAGUAACAAGGACUCAGGCACAGGGCGAGGUCUACAGGACGAUCACGGUAUAUCCGGAAGCGGGAAUACCGAUUAUCCACGGUUUGCCGAUGAAAAAAAUGCAGGAAACGUCGGCGUUUUCAAAGGGCCUUCUUCUGCUAGUCUUAAGCACAAACCAAACGUAGGAUACCGACUGGGACGACGUAAAGCCUUGUUCGAAAAAAGGAAAAGGAUUAGCGAUUAUGCGUUAGUUAUGGGAAUGUUUGGAAUUGUUGUUAUGGUGAUCGAAAAUGAACUUAGUAGUGCCGGUAUAUACCGAAAAGACGAAUUUUAUUCUAUAGCGCUCAAAACUUUGAUAUCCGUUUCGACUGUGAUUCUUUUGGGCCUAAUUGUGGCCUAUCAUGCUUUAGAAAUACAGCUUUUUAUGAUAGACAACUGUGCCGAUGACUGGCGAAUUGCCAUGACUUGGCAAAGAAUAGGGCAAAUUUCAAUGGAACUGAUGAUAUGUGCAGUGCAUCCUAUACCAGGCAAUAAUCAGUUUGUUUGGACUACAAAACUGGCUAAUAAAAGUGGAGGUAUUGGUAAAAAGUGUGUCCCCUAUGACGUACCCUUAUCCCUACCAAUGUUUCUUCGGCUCUACCUUAUUUGCCGAGUAAUGCUUUUGCAUAGUAAAUUAUUCACUGACGCUUCGUCAAGAAGUAUAGGGGCCCUUAAUAGAAUUAACUUCAAUACACGUUUUGUAUUGAAGACACUCAUGACCAUAUGUCCUGGCACUGUUCUCUUGGUUUUUAUGGUCUCCUUGUGGAUAAUAGCUAGCUGGACUCUACGACAAUGUGAAAGAUUCCACGAUGAAGAGCAUGCAAACCUAUUGAAUGCCAUGUGGUUGAUAGCAAUAACAUUCCUCAGCGUUGGAUUUGGAGAUAUAGUACCCAAUACCUAUUGUGGUAGAGGUAUUGCGGUUAGUACUGGAAUUAUGGGAGCAGGGUGUACGGCAUUACUCGUUGCCGUUGUUUCAAGAAAGUUGGAACUUACUAGAGCUGAAAAGCAUGUCCACAAUUUUAUGAUGGAUACUCAACUAACAAAAAGAUUAAAAAAUGCAGCAGCAAACGUAUUACGAGAAACUUGGUUGAUAUAUAAGUAUACAAGGCUAGUGACCAGAGUAAAUCCCGGACGUGUGAGAACACACCAAAGGAAAUUUCUCCUUGCCAUUUACGCGUUGCGAAAAGUUAAAAUGGACCAAAGAAAGUUAAUGGACAACGCCAACACCAUUACCGAUAUGGCAAAGACACAAAACACCGUUUACGAGAUCGUUUCCGAUAUGAGUUCUAGGCAAGAUACGUUAGAAGAUCGAUUGACGAACAUGGAAGACAAAAUGAUCGCUUUACAAGAACAAAUCGACCUUUUACCUGAUAUUAUUGCAGCCAGAAUUCAAGCCCAAGCGGAAAAAAUGGAACAAAGGAGAAAUUUCCUUCACCCUGAAUCAGCGGCUGGUCUUCAGCAGUCUAGAAGUGUGCCACCAGCAUGCCCUUGGCCCGGUCCUGUUGCAGUGAUACCAUCUCCAAUAGGUAAACUUCCACCACCCACUACGACAAAAAGCUGAUUUCACCCAUGGAAUACUUGUCUAGUCAAUUUUUUUAAUAGGAAGGAUAAUUUUUCUAAAUCUAGUGCCAUAUUAAUU